ACCAAAAAGCAUAUAGUGAGGGAACUGCAUGUGCUUCUUUAAUUCAAAGGGUUAAAACUAAGGACUCUAUUUAUUCACAUUGAGUCCUUCUUUGGUCCCUGUGUAUCUCUAACUUCUAAUUCUUGUUCACACUUUCGGUUCCCUCCAUAAAGUAAAAAAACGAAAUCUCUUUUUUGUUGAUAAUCAAAAACUCCACGAAUAAAAAAAAAAAUACACGCACACAGUUGAAAACGAAAAAAAAAAAUCUAAGCAAUGGCUCAUGCUAAUGAAAAAGAGGUAGAUACAAGAACGGAAGAGGAGAAAGCCAUAGAUGCAUGGCUUCCCAUCACAUCCGAUCGAAAUGCAAAAUGGUGGUAUUCUACUUUUCAUAAUGUCACAGCCAUGGUUGGUGCUGGUGUCCUCAGUCUCCCAUAUGCCAUGUCUGAGAUGGGAUGGGGGGCUGGGGUGAUAGUAAUGCUGCUGUCGUGGGCCAUAACAUUCUACACAAUAUGGCAAAUGGUGGAGAUGCAUGAAAUGGUACCAGGCAAGAGAUUUGAUAGAUACCACGAGCUAGGUCAACAUGCAUUUGGUGAGAAACUUGGUCUUUGGGUAGUUGUACCCCAACAAAUUGUGGUGGACGUGUGUUCUUGCAUUAUAUACAUGGUUACAGGUGGGAAGUCAUUGAAGAAAUUCCACGAAACAGUUUGUCCAGAUUGUCAACCAAUAAAACUGACCUACUUCAUCAUCAUCUUCUCGUCAGUACACUUUGUGUUAUCUCACUUACCAAAUUUCAAUUCGAUAUCAUUGGUGUCGUUGGCAGCAGCAGUGAUGUCGUUAACAUAUUCGACAGUUGCAUGGGCAGCAUCAGUAGGGAGAGGUAUUGAAGGGAGAGAAGUGAGAUAUGAACUUAGGAGUGAAAAGACUGGUGACAGAAUAUUCAUGUUCUUGAGUGCUCUUGGAGAUGUGGCAUUUGCAUAUGCUGGACAUAAUGUUGUGCUUGAGAUUCAAGCAACUAUUCCUUCAACACCUGAAAAACCUUCAAAAGGUCCUAUGUGGAAAGGUGUAUGGGUCGCUUAUCUCAUCGUUGCUAUCUGUUAUCUCCCUGUGGCUUUCGUUGGAUAUUGGGCCUUUGGUAAUUCCGUCGAGGAUAACAUCCUUCUUUCACUCGAAAAACCUAUGUGGCUUGUUGCUGCUGCUAACUUGUUUGUUGUCGUUCAUGUCAUUGGAAGUUACCAGGUUUUCGCAAUGCCCAUGUUCGACAUGAUAGAGACAUAUGCCGUGAAAUCUAUGAAACUAAAACCUUCCACUGUUCUUCGCUUCGUAGUGCGGACAGCAUAUGUUGCAAUUACUUUGUUCGUGGGAAUGACAAUACCAUUCUUUGGUGGCCUAAUGGGAUUCUUUGGUGGAUUUGCUCUGGCCCCAACAUCGUAUUAUCUUCCUUGCAUCUGCUGGCUUAUCAUUGUUAAGCCCAAAAGAUUUGGUUUCUCUUGGUGUAUGAAUUGGUUCUGCAUCAUAGUUGGGGUACUGCUGACCGUUUUAUCGCCCAUUGGAGGGAUGUGGACUCUUAUCAAACAAGCCAAGAGUUACCGUUUCUACCAGUGAUUUGCGAUUUCUUUUCUCUGAAAACAUGCGACUGUAAAUAGUUAUCUUUUCUUUUUUCCUUUUUCCAUUUUUUUGUUACAUUUACUUUUCAGAAUAAUUUAGAACAAAAAGAAUGUAAUUUGUUAUAGAUGCUUAACUGCCUUUGUGAAUAAUGCUUGGAAAUAAAACAGCUACAUUUAGGAGUA